AUGACAGCUCAAGUUCCUGCAAUCCUCUCCUUUCUUCUCCUCUGGACCCUGCCAGGGUGGGUCCUCCUCAGGGCUGCCUUGGCAAAAAAGGAAAUCAAAUCUGGGACCAAGGGUUCCCAGUCCAUGUCCCCCUCUGAUUUUCUUGAAAAGCUUAUGGGUCAGACAUCUGGAUAUAAUGCCAGGAUUUGCCCCAAUUUUAAAGGCCCACCUGUGAAUGUGGCCUGCAACAUCAUCAACAGUUUUGGCCCCAUCACUGAGACUACCGUGGACUACUGGGUGAAUGUCUUCUUGUGACAGCAGUGGAAUGAACCAUGCCUGGCCUAUGGAGAAUAUCCUGAUGACUCACUAGACCUUGACCCUUCCAUACUGGACUCUAUCUAGAAACCCAACCUGUUCUUUGCCAAUGAGAAAGGGGCCAACUUCCAUGAGGUAACCAUCGACAACAAGUUACUGUGCAUCUUCAAGAAUAAGAAUGCGCUCUACAGCACCAGACUGAUCCUCAUUUUGUCUUGCCUGAUGGACCUCAAGAACUUCCCCAUGGACAUCCAGACCUGCAUGAUGCAGCUGGAGAGCUUUGGCUAUACCAUGAAUGACCUCGUGUUUGAGUGGUUGGAAGAUGCUCCUGCUGUACAAGUGGCUGAGGGGCUGUCUCUACUCCAGUUUAUCUUGCAAGAUGAAAAGGAUCUAGGCUAUUGUACCAAGUACUAUAACACAGGGAAAUUCACCUGCAUCGAGGUAAAGUUUCAUCUGGAAUGGCAGAUGGGCUACUACCUGAUUCAGAUGUACAUCACCAGCCUACUCAUUGUCAUCCUGUCCUGGGUCUCCUUCUGGAUCAACAUGGAUGCUGCCCCUGUCUGUGUAGGCCUAAACAUCACCACCGUACUCACCAUGACCAUUAAAAGCUCUGGCUCCCAGAUCUCUUUGCCUAAGGUGAAGAGACAUGCAAGGGAACUUGCUUGCCAUAGAGCUCCCCAUUUCCCAUUCAUCCCCUGGUCCCUCUGGCUCUAUUUUUCUUGGAUUUAA